AUGGCAGUCGAUGAUUCCUGCAGAAAGCCUGGAGCUGUUCCUUUUAAGUGGGAGAUCCGACCCGGUGUUCCCAAGCUCCAACAACAGAAGCAACAGAAACAGAGGCAGCCGCCGCCGCUGUUGUCACCGCCAGCAUCGCCUUUUAUAAAUCAACGUUCAUUACCUAGUCCUCCGCCCGGACCUCCUCGGCAAAAGCUUAAACCCCCACCAGCUGCAUCCUACUACAUCCUAUCCCCGGAGCCCCGAACUCACUCUUUUAGAUCCACACCACCUGCCCGAUCCGAUAGUUUCAGGUUCAUCCAAGCUACCCGACUCCGACCCGAAUGUGUUUCACCCGGGUGCUUCCCAGCCCCACUGCUUAGGCGGAUGGGAAGCAAGAAGAGGACCCAAAAACUCAAACCCGAACCCGAUUAUAUUUCAGACGUGGAGAUACGAUCACGAUGGUCGGUUUCAAGCCGAAGGUCACUUUCACCAUUCUACAGCUCUCCGGCUUCAUCCUUUUCAUCUAUUAGGUCAUCGCCUCGACUCGCAACCGAUGUCGAAUGGGCCGGCUUUGGAUUUUUUUAG